UUAAAUUGAAAUUUAUCAUUGUUUUAAUUUAACCAAGAAAUGGGAGCUGUAAUGUGAGGAUGAAAUUCCGAUUUCUCUCAGGGUGAAUACCCUCAAGUAAAGUCUAAAAGUACAAUCCUUAGUACUAAGCGUCUUCUUCCAGGAGGUAAAACUCCUAUUUGGACCGGCCAAAAAGCUGAAGAUAUUGAUGAAGUAUUGUCUACUUCUCUUUCUUCAGCCCAGUCGAAUCCGUCCAAUCUUAAAGAUCUCCUCAAUGUGAGGAGAGAGCCAAUCACUAAAUUCUAUAAAGUUGGCAAAAUAGUUGGUCUAAGUUUUUCAACUAUAAUUCGGGAGGGCUUCGACCUCCGAAAUUUUGAGAGAAAAGUAUCCAUUAGGACCUUAGAAUGGGAAUCAAUAAAUUCUAACCCUGAAGACUACAUGGACGUUCUCAGAAAACAAAAGAAAAUAGAUCACCCAAAUAUAUGAGGUGUGGAGGAGUACUUCUCAGACAAAGAUUUUUUGUACGUAAUCACCGAGAAUCCAGAUGGAAUAUAUCUCAAGGACUUUAUCGCCUCUAAUGCACUAAGUGAUGAGUGUGUGGUUGUGAUUGUCCAUCAAAUUUUUGAAGCAGUCAAGUACCUUCACUCCUGUGGAUUUUAUAAGAGCAACAUUACUAUUAAUAGUAUCAAGAUUGAUCCAGAUUCGCUACAGAUCAAGCUCGAAAAUUUUGACUUACCCUACCAGUUUAAUGGCUUAAAGUCUAAAUUUAUUGAUUAUAACUCGAAUUCAAGAAUCACAAGAAAGGCCAUUCUAGACGAUCUACACAGUAUUGGAGUGAUCACCUCUGAGAUUUCGAGCCACAAGGACGAAAUCACCCUCGACUUCAUUCAAAAGUGCUGAGGGGAGUCUAAAGGCUCAAGAGUCACUUUAGAAGAAGCUUUAAGCCAUGGUUUCUUCUACUUCAGAUCCUCCAAAACACCUAUAUACGACGAUAGCACAAGGUUGAUCUGAAGUUUAUCCAGUGUCCAUGACUCUGGAUACUCUGAAGAAUCGUCCCUUUACCUUUUCUAGUGCUAUCGCUCAUCUUAAUCCUAAAUAUUAGUUUUAAUAACCUAUUCUUU